UAUCUGGGUACGUACCUCCUUUCUCCACCGUGCUCUAUAUUUUUUAGGGUUCAUGAGUAACGUAGUUGAGUAUGCUCCAAUUAUAUGUCUCUAUUUAUAUUGGAAUAUCAUCUGUUCCUCGAUUUACGUUUCACUUGAAUGUUUAUUUCUCUCAUAAUACCAUGUUUCUGAAGCUAUGAUUGUAGCUAGGCAUGCUUAAUUUAUUGUACCUUGCAGCUCGUUAGAAUAUUACACCGUUUAGCUAGGUUAAAAUUUUAGUUUUAUGUAUAAAUAUUAUAUGUUGACUCCCCAUAUUUUUUAAGUGUGUCUACAUUUUUAUAUUUUGAGACCCCUCAUUAAAAUUCCCAACUCCGCCACUGUUACCUUGACACUACCAAAGAUGAUUUCCAUCUUUUUCACUUUCGAGAAUUUGGUUUUUCAUCCUGUGAAUUUGUAGCAAUAGCUUGAGCUUCAUAUUUCAGAGUCUUGAAUUCCACUAAACAACUAAAAUCAUCUAUAUCUAUAUAUUAUUAAAAGGAGAGGACAAAUCCUUUCCAUUAAGCCAAAUGGCAGCAUAGAAUAAGUCACUUGGUAGUUUAGUUACAAAAAUUAGUUAUGUUGGUUGUUAGUUACUAUUUUUAAAAUUCAAAAUCUUAAAUAUUUGAAUUAAAAUUCAAAAAGAAAAUGGAUAAAAUAAAAGCAAUUUAACUUAAUCAGAAUUGCACAUUAACUGCAAAUACUAACCGCUUAACACAAACAUUCAACAAAUUCCUUUUGUUCAAAUUUAACCCAUUACAAAGAAGAAAUCAGUAGAAGCAACAAAUUGGCCGGUUAAAAAGUUUCAAAGGUACUAAAAUUCCUUAAUUUAGUUUCUCCUUUUUUCUGGAGAGUGAUUGGUUUUAGGAAUUUAGCCACUUAGGUUUAUCUGAUAUGAACAAUUUGUUGAUAUGUGAGAAUCAUUGAGUAUUUAAUUUUACCUUCUGCUGAUUAUUUGUACUUUCUUAGUUCAUGAUUUGGGAACAAUUAUAUGGUGAACUUGGCUGUUGUGUUGCUAAUUCUUUACGUAGUAGAUUUGCGUUUCUUUAUUGUGUGAUUGAAGGGUCACUCCAUUUAUAUCAAUUUCAAUAAAAUUGCGAAAUGACUUGGUAAUUUUCUUCUCUGCCUCCAUCACAUGUUACCGUUGUAAUAAUUUUUGCCUUUUUGUUGUCUAAUAAACUUAAUUUUAACAAAGCAAUCAUGGCCUUAAUCGUCGGAGUUACUCUAUUUUUUAGAUUUUCAGAUACUUAUGUUUGAAUUUUUCUCUUUGAGUGGAUUAUAAUCUUUGAGUGGAUUAUAACAUUUCUAUGUUAGAAAUUGUUGUACUAUAGGCAUGCGGUGUUGUACCUUAUAAUAUUUAUUAUUUUUAUUAUAACUUGAUAUAACAUCUCUAUGCGUUGUUGGUUAUUUUUUGUGUGUGUUAGGUUAUUCUUAUCAUAGAAUCAUUUCUAUGUUGUGAAUGGUCGGGUGUGUCGUUGGAUUUCAGAGUCAUACACUGUGUAUUUGAUUUUUCACAAGUGCAAUUGCAAUCAUUCGGUGCAUUAAGUGGAAACUUUCUAUGACUCAUUCUGUAUUGGUAUUAUUCGAAGCUUAGAAUAUUGAGUUAUGGUAACCGAUUUUUCGUUUUAAUUUUGGAGAAUGGAAAUACGAUUGAAAUUGGUUGAUUUUCAGAAGAAACAGGACAAUGCAGUGGCUGCUGCUCUAUAUUAUCACCCGGAAAAUGCCAGCCUGAAUAUACGUUAAUUAACUAAGUCACUUAAAGUAGAACUAGAUUCUCUACAACCUUCCAAGGGUUUUUCCGUCUUCAAUCGUAUGAACUUAGAAAAAUCACACGACUAUUAAUAUUUAUAUGGUCUUAUGAAAUAGGCCUAAACCCCUAAGUAGAAGUCUAGUUGGCUAACAAUAGAAAGACCCAAAGAUAGGAAGUAUGUUGAACACAUUAGAGUUGUCAUCGUAGUUGAUCACGCUCUUUAUGGUGUGGUUGCAGCUCUUUUAUGGGUGCAGCCCGGGUGUAUUCUGCCCGGGCCACUUAACCCUGCAAUUAUAGACUUCUUUGCAAGACGGGGGUGGUCACUGGUCCUCUCCUUUGAACUCUUCUAUGCUCUCGUCUUGGGCUCCAGAUGCGUCUCAAUGAUUUGAAUUGGCUUUGCAUCUUCUCGAGAACUCAACGUUAUCCUUCUAAUGCAUUCUUGAAUCUUGAUCAUUCCUUGAAGCUCUUCCAACCCCUUGUCUCGGAAUCUCAAGAAUGACUUGUUUGUAGUGUGUCCUCAAUCCUCAUUUGGGGUGUUCAUGGUUUGGUUAAAAAACAAUUCAAAUCGAGAGUUGUGGAUCCAUUAGAAGAUUGACUGUCGUCUCCUUUACCAAUUUUUCAACUCACUCUAGUUUGUUUGGUUAAAAAUCAAUUCAAAUCGACUGUUGUGGAUCCAUUGGAAGAUUGACUGUCGUCGCCUUUCCCUAUUUUUCAACUCACUCUAGUUUUCAGUCGUUCUUUCCCCGAAUCUUGCUUCUCCGGCCCCUAUCUUAUAAGGACAAAGAAGCCCGUUAUUAUUUGUGAAAAAUCUCAUCAAAACUAACAAGGGGUGUUCGUAAAUGAACUUGGCCUCUUCUUUUGCUUUUGUAAGUACAGAUUGAUGAAAUUUCAACUUGCGUCUUUUGGCAUGAGACCAAUACAAUAUGGAAUCCGAUAAAUAUGAGGCCGAGAAAGGGUGCCAGCGAGGUAAAAAAAAGAAAGAAGCUUCAGAGAAGCCUAAAGGACAAGAUCGCAGCUGCGCAAAAGCUAGUUUCUCCCAACGGCAAGGUUGAGACUGCUCCAGUCCUCCGCGAAACUUGCAACGCUAUUAAAGCUGUUAAAAAACAGAUUCAGGACUUGUGUAACACAGCAAGCAACGUUGGUUCCCUUUUUCAGUCGCAGAAUAGCGGGGGGAAAAGAAAUCGAUGUACAAAGCGAAGUUUUUUGCUUGGUUCCAGUGUCACUUGUGCAGAAAGUAACAGACAGACAUUUACGACGAUGAAAACAGCUCUUUAUAACUUAUAUCAAUGAAGUAAUCGACUAAUAGUCGUAGUUUCAGUGCCAGAAAUAGCUCAUUUUCUUCAUCGUUAUCCAAAAUAUUCGUGGAAAUAAUAUGAUAGCACCUCGUAUUUGGUACGAUAGAAGUCAUUUUUCGGAUGUUAGUUUUCCAGCAGCACAGUUAUUUUAUGAUGUUUGGUUAUCAGGAGAAUGUUUUUAUACACAAAUGUUCAUAUAAAUACAUUGUAGUAAGGGAAUAUUUUUCAUUCA